UCUCUCGGAGUUAUCUUUUUCUUCGCUUUGGAAACGGAGAAUGCCGUGCGACGCGUUCCGUGUGCUGCUGUCCGUCUUUAUUAUCGUUCGCGUGCAGGGGCUACCCGCAGUUGUUCCGCUUGGCGGGUUAUUUGACUUGGAUGAUAGCUUGGAGCAAAAGACUGUGUUUCUUGCAGCAGUAGACCGAGUGAACGCUGACGCUAAUUUGCUUCCCCGCUCAAAACUUGUAGCUUAUGUGGAAGAACAUCCACCAGAUAACAGUUUCGAAGCUUCCAAGAAAGCAUGCCGUUUGUUGAGUUAUGGUGUUGCUGGUCUGUUUGGUCCCGAAUCUUCUUGCGCAGCAUCGCAUGUCCGAUCGGUGUGCGACGCUCUGGAAGUACCCCACAUAGAGUGCCGCUGGGACCCAGGAUACCAAAGAGAUGAUCCUGGGUUAUCGGUCAAUGUGUAUCCUCAACCGUCUCUUUUGAGUAGAGCUUACCUUGAUGUUGUCAGAAAAUGGGGCUGGACUAAAUUCAACAUUUUGUAUGAAGAAAACGAAGGUAUUGUUCGGCUGCAGGAUUUUUUGAAAGAAGCUUCAGAACGAGAUUGGGACAUCAGAAUCCAUCAGUUCCGGGAAGGAAUGCCAUUCAGAGAACUCUUCCGGCAUAUAAGAGCAACAGCCUCUAAAGAUCCUGAAAUUUGCAUUUUACUAGACGUAUCUCGAAGGAACAUACAAACUGCACUUAAACAGGCUCAACAGGUUGAAAUGAUGACAGUGAGAAACAAAUACAUCAUCACAUCUCUUGAUCUACAUACGGCAUAUUUAGAAGACUUUCAGUUCAGUAGAGCCAACGUGACUGGAUUUGGUUUACUGAGAACAGAAAGUGAAGAAUACCGAACUCUGCUACAAGAAGUUCAAGCCGAGACUCUAGGAGCCGUAACAGCUAUCUCGACGUCGGCAGCUCUUUUGCAUGAUGCUGUUUUGUUAUUUUCAAGAGCAUUGCAAGAUUUGGAUAAUGGUAAAGAUGUUGGGAAAUUUCCUCCCCUGUCUUGUGAUGAAGCAAUUCCCACCGCAACUAAAGGAACAGACGGCACCAGUCUCGUCAACUAUAUGAAGUCGAAUAAAAUUCAAGGACUAACUGGUUUGGUACACUUUGAUGGUCAAGGCUUCCGAUCUUCAUUCUCUCUUGAUUUGCUCCAGCUGACAAAGGAUGGGCUCAAAAAAAUUGGUACAGUAUUUCCUGGCAGAGACAUUAAUAUCACAGAAGAACUGGGAAGUAUGAACGAUGAUGGCACUGGAUAUCUGUUUGAACAUAAGAAGUUUAUUAUCACUACCAUACUUAACAAACCGUUUGCAAUGCUUCGAAAUUCUCCACGGCCGUUGAGCGGAAACGAGAGGUAUGAAGGGUUCGGUGUCGAUCUCAUUGAGGAACUAUCGAAAAGAUUGCAUUUCGAUUAUGAAAUACGGGAGGUAGCAGACAAUAAGUAUGGAGUUGAAAUCGACAAAGAGAGAGGACUUUGGAACGGCAUGGUUGGGGAAGUCCUUCGGGGAGAAGCAGAUAUGGCAGUUGCUGACGUCACAAUCAGUUCUACUCGUGAAAAGGUAUUAGAUUUCACCUUGCCUUUCAUGAGCACGGGGAUCAGCAUUUUACUCAAGAAACCUACAACAAAAGUCAAAUCUCUCUUCUCUUUCUUGAGCCCAUUUUCUGGUGAAGUCUGGAUCUACGUCAUGGCAGCUUUUCUGGGCGUGAGUUCCGUCCUUUUCGUUUGCGGAAGGUUGAGUCCAUACGAAUGGGGAAACUCCACUCCUUGCCGAAGGAGUGAUGAAGAAGGAUGGGAAGAAAAUGAAUUUAGUAUUCUCAACAGCAUGUGGUUCACUAUUUCAGCAUUGAUGCAGCAAGGGUGUGAAAUUACCCCUAGGUCUUCGUCCACCCGCACGGUAGCUGGUCUUUGGUAUUUCUUCACACUGAUCAUGAUCUCCUCCUAUACAGCCAACCUAGCAGCGUUCCUAACAGUGGAAAAAGUGGUAUAUCCUAUCGAAUCAGCGGAAGAUCUCGCCAAGCAAACCAAAGUUAAAUACGGUUGCUUAGCCAGUGGAUCGACAAGAACAUUUUUUGAGUCUUCGGCUAUUCCAACUUAUCACUAUAUGUGGGAGCAGAUGCGACAAAAUCCAGAAGUCUUGAUGGAGAGUAAUGAGCGUGGUAAAGAGCGAGUUUAUGCUGGAAACUACGCUUUCCUGAUGGAAUCUGCUUCCAUUCAAUUUAUCACAGAAAGGGAGUGCAAUCUCACACAAAUCGGUGGACUUCUUGAUCACAAGGGAUACGGCAUUGCGAUCAAGAAAGGCAAUGCAUCCCUUACAAGUUGGCUCAGCAGUGGUAUCUUGAAACUACAGGAGGAAGGAAUACUUCAUGAUUUGAAAGAGCGUUGGUGGAAGCAGAAAAGAGGCGGAGGGCGAUGUACGAGAGAAUCAACUUCUGGAGGCACAGUGCGGGAAUUAGGUUUAGGAAACGUUGGAGGCGUGUUUGUUGUGCUCUUGGCCGGAGUUUCAAUGGCAGUGGUAGUAGCCGGGCUUGAGUUCCUUUGGAAAUAUAGAAAAGUUGCCACUCAUUCACAAGAAGACAUUGGCAAGCUUAUGGCAAAAGAAAUCAAAUUUGCUUUGACUUGCAGCAACUCCACAAAAGAGGCUCCGAAGUUUAAAAAGAAAAAAUUGGAUAAUAACAGCUUAUCAACUAUGUCCGAUCUACAUGAUAUCCGGUAUGCAUUCAAAGACAACGCGAGUCGACACUGAUGACCUGACUGAACAAAAUGUUAACGCUAUUCUUUGAACCAAAUCACAUCACAAGACUACCAUCAUCCACUAAACUUCGUUUGAAAUUUUUGGCCAUUUGUAAAUUUCGGACACCCUUAUUUUUCUAUGAAUAGGUUUAAAAAUUUGUGCAAAUAUAACUACGUUAAAUGAAAGUAACUGAGUGAAAAAAAAUUGUAAAAACAAUUGUGAAACUUCAGAAAAAGCUACAGUAUUGAUAGGAAACACUUGUUUUCCUCAGCUUUACUGUUUCAUAUUCAAUGCAUUUUUUUUUUUUUUUUAAUCGUACUUACUUCAUUUUAACCUUUAUAUCUGCUUCAUUCAGACGAAUGACAUUAUUAACUUAAAAAGGUGUAGAAUCAAAAGUUUUUUGAAAAUAACGAAUGCAAAUGACUAGUAUAACCACUUUUAAAUCUUUCACAAGAGUAUAUAUUUCUUACUUUUAGCAUAGACCAUUACAUCAAUCUUCAAGUGGUGAUUUAGAUUUUUGAUGAAGACUACGAGCUAUGCGUUGCGUUUAGCCUCCAUCAAAUUCAUUGAAACAGUUAAAGGUAGGAAGAAUGUAUAAGACAGAGAGGGAAAUUAUAUUCGUAGCGGGAGCGAAAGUAGAACUCGUUGCAGCAUGGCAGCUGUCGCAGCAGGAUAUAAGACCUUUUAGGGUUUGGGAGUCAGCCCCCCCCCCCCUCCUUGUAGCACAUUUUGUCAAUUUUGUCAAUUCUACUGCGAUAAUCCAUACAAAUGUAGGGACUGUUUUUAUCAACCUCUCCCCUCCUUCCCUCUCCCCCCCCCCUUCAGAAGAUAAAUUCUGGCAGCGCCAGUGUGUGUACCGCACAGACUGAGUUGACAGUCUCUAGAAAUAUUUAAUCAAGUUUAGACUGGGGUUAAUGAUGGCUAUGGAAGGCAUUCCUGAAACAUUUAGAAAUUCGUCAAUCAUUACAUGGUUGAAAAUUCAAGAGAAGCGUAGCAUUGUCUAACUGGUAGUCUAGCUCUGUCACCACAUUUUGGAACUUUAUCAGAUAGAUGUAGUUCAAGGCUGCUAUGCCUUUUCUUGUCUUCUAUUAUAUGAUUUACAAUUACCAAAAAUUAAUUUAAAUGGACAUAAAUCCUUCAUACGUCAUUAUUGAACUAUGUACUAUCAAAUUUACAUUUUGCUGUCAUGUUUGAUUGCUUGCAGGGGGGGAUAAUGGCAAAAGGAGAGCACACUUCUGGCUUGUCCAAGAUAGACUUUUUUUUUCAUCAUUAAACACUUUUUGGUCUUCUAACUGCACAUGGAUAUGCACUUACAGCAGGUUUAUACACUUAUUUUUCUUUCUUUUUUUUUUUUUUUGUAACUUUCUUGACAAUAUGUGUUUGAUUUUGGGGAGCAAACAUCCUAAAAUUGAUUAUUUUCUUUUUUCAACGAUUUUUUUUUCUUUCUCUUUUUCUUUUUACAUACAAAGCCAAAUUGUGAGCAUUGACAUGCUAAUUACCAAACAAAAAAAUUUUUUGUUUGCGUCCUAAUAACUCAGUUUUUCUAUUAACCGCUUUGAACCUUUACCGAGUCCCACUCUAAUUAAAUGAACAGAAUGCAACGAACAGUUUUUUUUAAACGAAAACUUUUUCGUGUGCAAAACCAGUUAUGUCUUAGUACAAUUCAAUACAUGUGUUAACAAAAAUCUUUUGUAUGGGAAUAAAUAUGGAAAGGUCUUUUAAACUUAAAAAUCGCUUUUUCGCUUUAGUCGGUUGUCGUAAACCGCAGAAGGUAAUUUUUUAGAGUAAUGCCUGAAAAUUAUUUAUGUUCUUUUUCUUCGCCAGUCCAGAAAUAAAAAAAAAACAGGGCAAUAUAUUUUUGUUGCAAUGUAGGAUCUCUUGAAAUUACUCAUACUUUGGUCAUAAUUAUGUUCUAUCAUUAGAGAUACAAUUUUGUGUGUGUGUGUUUUUUUUCUGGUACUGAACCGCGUACUCCUUACAAAUUUUCACGUACCUUCGGUUGACAACCCAACCGAGUUCUCAACCGCCCUAAUUGAUUCUUAUACAUUUCAGUUUCUGGUAUACUGCAUACAUUUUCAUUAUUCUCUUGUUCUUAUUUUAGCAUCUAUUGUACACAUAGGCACUAAAACUUCAUUAAAUGAAAUUUUUGAUGAAAAGACCAGUUGCAGUGCAAUAGUGACUAGUCUUUUGAAACUAUUUCAUCAUUUUCCAUACCUAUUGCAUAAAGCAUGAAAGUAAAUCAUUACUUAAGUCGAAUACAUUGUCACGUAAUAAUGGUACAUCCUAAGGCAAAUUUAGUAGCUAUGUUCAGAAUGAUGUAUGAUUUAUAGUUCCUCAUUCAGACAAACUUAGUUUUGUUCCUCGUAUAGUGAUAAAUCAUGUACUACCGUCCGUUUUAUAACUAUGAAAAUUUUAUAUUUGC